AUGUUCGACUUUGCAGCUCCAGACGCUAACGCCCAAAAGGUCAUUCCGGACAUCAGCAGCUUUGCACGCAAAUUCCGCGAUGCGCGUCACGAUUUGAACACCAUUAAUAGUGAUCUGCUGGUGAUCAAAACCGGGCUCGGUAUUGCGCAAGACGACUUUUCGGCCAAGUGGUCCGAAUUACCGGCGUCCCUCGUUGAUGCUGUAUCACGAGUGCUAGAUUCAUGCGAUGACACCAGUGAGCGAUUACAUAAAGCCUUUCUCAAGCUUUCUUGUAGCAGCAAACCAAAGGAUGAUUGGCGUGCGCUCAAGGACGGACCUUUGGUAAACCUGCGGCAUGAUCUUGAUGCAUCGAAGGUCGUACUUGAGUUGAGUUUGGACUACGUCGCAUUAUUUUGCCAACAAGAUACCCUGGAUUCCUUACUGCAAAACUAUGUCAGCGAUCUCAUUACGCAGAGCGAUGAGCUACUAAAAAGGACGGACACAGACGAGAUCUACGUAAACCAAACAGCGCGAGAUAGACUAUCUUCGCUACUACAGGCUGUUCGUCUGCUUCGCUCAUGUAUUACAGCCAUAUCUCGCGAAGGCGCGCCAUCAUCAUCACAACUAGCAAAGAGGACAACCCUUCCACGACCAGACUCCCUGGAGCCCGCCCUUGGCGAAACGCCCAGAAGCGGGAGAAAAAGCCCCAAUGAACAAACCUCAACCCGAGCCAGCGCAAACGAUGGCAUCGGCACAUGGCUCGCUAAUGUUCCGUCCUUUGAAGACGCGCAGCCUCUCUCAUAUUCCGCAAUCGAACAGACUACCAUUCCAAGACGACUUCUGAUACCGCCAUCGCGGAACGACAUGACGCCAUCGCGCGGUACGUUCUACACUGACGAUGGUGCCGCAUCCAGCCCUACCCUGGUACCACCGGAAUCACGACUCAAAAAGUCCUACAGCUGGUGUACUGACCUCUCGGGAAAGGCAAGCACUCGGUUACAACUUGCGUCUAGACACGCGUCGAAACAAGUGUCGAAGUAUACAUCGACGAUGUCUAGCUCAGACGUCUCUAUCUUUCAGAAGCAGAUCACUUCAGACAGGAUCGCUGUGACGAAAGGUAAGAGGAAAGAGUUGGAACCAAAUCAGAGGGCUGCUGUAGAUCGUAUUCUAGCAAACAUACCAUCAGAAGCGACGGCUUCUGAGGUAGAAAGAGUUAUCUGGGAAGGCGCGAACCCAAUGGCUACACAUCCAGAGUUUGGAUACUUUUUCAUCCGCGCAGCAUACGAGAUGUCGCCUGAUGUCCUCACUCUCCUUAUGGAUUUCGGCGCAGACAUCACCCGCAAUAAUCCUCCACCAUCAUCAUAUUACUCCGCCAUGCACGCUGCAACCUUAGGACGACAGCUCGACACUGUCCGCUACCUUGCUGCUCUGGGUCACUCCAUCGACAACCCCGACUAUAGCGGAGAGACACCUCUCCAUCUUGCUUGCAGGACGCCCGGUGCGUCUGCGAUUGCAAAAUACUUCAUCGAAGCCGGCGUCGACGUGAAUUCUGAAGCAAAGAACGGACGAACACCUUUGCAGUCCGCUCUCAAAGCGGCAAGGUUAGAGGGCAAGGAGAGAAGCAUGUUGAUCGAGCUUUUGCUCGCACAUGGGGCGGAGGGCGAAGUAAAGAGAGAUCUGGAUUGUGGGAGAGGUAAUGAGAAGGGCAGACAUGUACUUGGUCUAAUAUGA